ACGGAAGUCUAGUUAAUCACAAAGAAUGGCGAUUGUCGUUUUAUUUACGUUACGGGUUCUUUAUUUUUCAGCAUACUUAACGACUAAUUUUUAAGACGCGACAAGGACUUUAGCCUUUUCAACAAUUAAAGAAACUUUCAAUCACAUAGUUGUGCGAUGAACUCAAGAUUUAUAAUUUACUUUAAGCAGCAAUAUUUGUGGCAAAAAUCUUUAAAAUUCGAAUUAACCAAAGAAUCCAACCUUCAAUUUUCUCAAAUAAGUAAAUCGUUUCAGUUUCACUAAAAAAUUUGAUCGUAAUAUUAAAGCACAAUUUUAUAUAAUUUAUUUUCUUUUAUGUACCUUGUUUACUUAAUUUACGAAUUAACAGUAAAAAUGAAUAUAACCAUUAAUUUAAUCUUAUUUAACUAUUAAAUAAAUUUCCAGUAUUUAUAUUACGAAUCAAGCUUGAAAUUUUCAUCCAAUAUAAAGAUUUGAUUUAGUCAUCAAAUUAAGAACAUAGGAUCGAGUUUCCAAUAUUGACAUUGUUUACUUCUUCGAACGAUUUUCAACGGACGAAAUGGUGCCGACGAUGCCGCCUGAUUCGCAUAAAAUUUCGCUGAAGAUCAUUGAAGCGAUAAAACAACAUCCAGUUUUAUAUAGUGCUGAAGUGAAAGGUUCUUCUAUUAAACUUCAGGAAUUUCGGCAGAAGGUUUGGAAGAGGAUUUCGGAUGAACUUGGUCUUGAUCCCACCUGGGUGAGAUUAAGAUGGAAAAAUUUAAGGGAUACUUACUGCCGUAUACUUAAAUAUAAGAAUAGAACGGAAAAAGGAGUUCGUAGGAAAAAAUGGAUUUUUGAAGAUCAUCUUAGUUUCUUAAAGUUUCCGUAUGAAUCGGAUUAUCAACCUCAAAGUAUAGAAUUAACUGAAGACUAUAUUCAGGAUAUAAAUGCAGGUGGAAUUAGUUCUGAAGGUCUUUUAGAACAAUUAGAAGAUCGUAAUGAUGAAGAUUAUAGUGAAUAUUUAGAAGUUUUGGAAGAAACGACUGCAGAUCCAGUGUUAGAUCGUGAUUCUAUGGAAUUAAAUGAUAAUGGUGAUAACGUAGUAAAAAGUAUAGAGAAAAAUAAGACCAAAAAAAGUGAAAAUUGAAUCAUUGGAAGUGCCUGCAACCUACAGUAUCUUAAAAACUUCACCUUUUAAAAAUAAAACAAUUGAUACACCAAUAUUUGUUAGUGCACCGGCUGCAAAUAAUUCUGUAAAGAAUUCUUCUAAAAUAGAAGAUACACAAAAUAAUUAUGACCAAGUCUACCUAGCUCCUGAAGGAAAAAGUAGUAUAGAGCUCUUUUUUGACAGUAUGGCACAAACUGUUAAGCGACUCCCUCCAAAAGCUCAAGCAGAUAUUAAAAUGAAUAUUUGUAA